CAUACAUACUACCUUGUUCAAAGGGAAUGUGAUCGGCAAAAAGUGGCAAAAUUGCAUACUGCACUUGGCACUGGGCACGACCCAUGGUUGUCUGAACGCAGAAAACCGAGAUGUGUGGGUGAUAGUUACGCUUAUUCCCGAUUUGUGACAUCUACGCGGACUCGCGGAGGGGGGAUUUCACUUGGAGACACCCAGAAGCUUAAAGUACGGUAAAACCCGGUGCUGGAGUUUCGAGAGAGCAUCAUCAUGGGGCGCUCGGAGGGCCGUGUACGCUGUAGAAGUCCGCGAUCAAUCACUGCCGAUAUUCAAGAUACGAAUACCGGAUUGAUGAACGCGGGAAAACCAUAAGGCUACGAGGGCCAGGCAUAUUGCUACGGGGGAAAGGGAGCUCGCGCUUCAACGUUCUUGAUCGACAUCCAUGUCAUACCUUGUGGGAGACCAUUCAGCAGACCAUUCGCCAGCCAGCAUCUCGCAAUGAGGCCGGUAACCACGAUCAACGAUGGGACGGAGUUCCUGUCCCUCAUGUCGGACCUCAAGUUCAUUUCUUUCCUGUUCAACUCGGCGGUUUGCCUGUAUGGGAUCCAGUUUUUUCGAUCCAACAAAUUCCUGCGAUGCGCAACAUUAUCCUCGGUAUUCGGGACCUGCGGCGUGGUCUUCGUCACUCUCCACAACUACUAUCGGAACAUAGAUCGUCUGUCUGACACCCGAUUUUAUGCAUUGCUUGUUCCUAUUGAGCUUUUCUGGAGCUUGUCAGAGUUUUUGGCCGCAAUAACGACUCUAUACAAGCUUGAGGUAUUCGCGUCGACCCCCGCAAUGAAACGCCGCAAUCACCGGCUGCUGGUGGCAAUGGCGGUGAUCUUUGCCAUGGCGCGAGGAGGGAUCGUAGUGACGAGGGUCACGCAAAGAAUAAUAUGGAACUAUACAAUCUACAUCGCCCACGCAGUCUACUACAUGACGCUUGUCCUCAUCGAUACGGUCCUCACCACCUUCUUGAUCCGCGACACAUUGGCUAUUCAGAAAACCAACGGAGGCUCCGCCUCUCUUUCACGAGAAGACAGCCUCUCUAGGCCCCUAGCCCCUUUCCUCGGCUUCCUUCAUUUCAUUGUGGUCGGGAACAUCUCCCGUGUGAUUUACAUGAACGCCGUCAUCCUGGUUAUAGCCCUGACCUACGUCGACAAUCGGAUUGAAGCACAUCCCGCGGUGACCGCGGUGCAGAACCUGGCCUACGCACUAAAGUAUCAUUUUGGCAUCAUCUUCUUCAUCGAUUUACUCCUUUGCAAGGAAGUCCUGAGCAACAGACCCCGACACGCACCACGACAAGCAGACAUCACCAACCCGUCCUCGAUGCCAUCCGACUCCUGUUCCGUCGACAUGCCCGACAACUACGUAACAUCUCCAAUUGACCAAAAGCAGACUAGCAGCCCAGUCGUGUCGUUAGCGAAAGACCCGUCGAGCUUUCGAAAGUACAUCCACAACAAGAAGCUUGCCGUGCCGCUGCAUGCGGACGUUGCAUCAACGGCGAGUACGGAAUUGGACUCGCGUCAUUCUGUAUUCCGCCCCCAGCGAAGGUCGCCUGGGCUUUCGAGUCACUUAACGGCUCCGCCGGCGGAGAAGAUGUUUCCAACGUCGGAUGACAAUUUGCUGGAUGGUCCGUCGGCUUCCGACGCCUCAUUCACUGACUGAGACUGGUUUUCUACACCAUGCCCCAUGGCCAUCAUCUGACAUUGACGCGCCAGGUAGCUAGAUGUUCAGUGGGGUUGAGGACAAUGUAUUUCUACAGGGCAUCGCAUUAGAAGCCCCCUUAUGUACAUAAACUUACACUCAUUCUUCAAUCGAAAUGUGGCCUCAAUACAAGUUGCCCCUCCUGCCUCCGGAUGAACACUUGCGCCAAAAUGUCUCGCCUCUCUCACUCAUCCCUUAUCCCGAGCUGCAGAGGCGUCGUUCGUGGCCCAUCUAUGCUUCUCUUGCGGGGCAUCUUGAGGUCAGCACCCAUUGGUCUUCAUCUUCGAGGCAACAGUAGUGGCGCAACGCAUGUCUUCCGGGUUCAUGGUGUCAUCGGCAGCGCUUCUGGUGACUGCACUUGAACCACUGCGUUUCAG